AUGAGCAAGGACAAGCAGAGCAAGCAGGUGCCGGAGUCCACCGCACCUCUCUCCCCAUCCAAAGGCCAGAAACCCCCAAGGAUGCCCAAGUGCUCCCGCUGUAGGAACCACGGCUACGUGUCUCCCCUGAAGGGACACAAGCGCUUCUGCAACUGGAAGGACUGCCAGUGUCCCAAGUGUAAACUGAUAGCCGAGAGGCAGAGAGUCAUGGCGGCCCAGGUCGCCUUGAGGAGGCAGCAGGCUCAGGAGGAGGAGCUUGGGAUUUGUAGUCCGAUGACUCUGUCGGUCCCUGAGGUGCUAGUGAAGAAUGAAGCUGGAGCGGACUGCCUGUUCUCUGUGGAGGGACGAUCCCUGACACCCACCAGCAUCUCCACUUCUGCUGUUGCUGUCACAGGGAGUCGCUCGGCAUCCUCCUCCAGCCCGUCAGCCGCUGCCAGGGCUCACACCGAGGGAGCGUCCGACCUGCUGAUGGAAACCUCCUAUUAUAAUUUCUACCAGCCUCCACGUUACCCCGCCUACUACAGCAACCUCUACAACUACCAGCAAUACCAGAUGCCACAUGGUGAUGGCCGCCUGUCCGGCCACAACAUGUCCUCUCCGUACCGCAUGCAUUCCUACUACCCAGCAGCCACCUACCUGACUCAGGGCCUGGGCUCCUCCACCUGUGUGCCGCCCCUCUUCAGCCUGGAGGACAACAGUUACAACAACAACAACAACAACAACAACAAUUGCUCUGAAACCAUGGCAGCCUCUUUCUCACCCAGCAGCAUCAGCGGCGCCCACGACUCCACCAUGACCUGCGGGUCCAUCAUCUCCCUGGUUAACUCUGUCGUCAAGCCUGAGGCCGGCGACGAGACGGCCAACUUCUCCAACUCCAUCGCCGACUCUGCCGCCACCAAAUAA